CUGACUUUCUGAGAUGUUGCUUAAGUUUGGAUUAACUAGUUCUAGACUACAGAGUCUCAGAUUAAGGUAAUCAAGGACAAGUGAGAUCAUCUUUUGAAAACCCGAUUAGAUUAAUGGCAUGCACAUGUGGCUAAGGAGAGGUUGCUAUAAAAACCUGGUAUGGAAUACUUUUAAUUCAUUAGUCUUAAGGAGUGUGUGGAACAGGAGUCACUACACUUAACCAAAAAAUGGAUAAAGGCCGAAGAAAACGCUCAAAAAACUUCAGUGAAUUUGAGAAGACCCUUUUUAAACAAAUUGCAUCAAACUAUCCUGUAAUUGAAAACAAACAGCAUGAUUCAGGUACAGAAAACAAGAAGAAGGCAUGGAUUUCCAUAUUGAAUGAAUUCAACUCAAAUGAAAAAGUAACCAAACGGACACUCCAACAAGUUCAGGUCCUGUGGAAAAACAUAAAAAUAAACCUGAAAAAAACAACUGCUGCUACGCGUCAAGAGCGUUUCAAGACAGAUGGGGGACUCCCAGUUCCACCAGACACAGAGGAGUUGGGGGACUUGUUGGCUGGGAUUACUGAAAGUCAGCAACCCCUGGAAGGUAUUCCAGAUGAUGACCAUUUGGACAGUUCAGAUGACCUGAUCUUGACACAGGACUUGAGGGGCACAGGGAACAGUCAAGAUGCUCAAAUGAAUCCAGCAGCAGCCAGCACCAACAUGCAGCAGCAUCCAGUCUCCUGCAGUAGCAUUAGUCAGCAUCCAGCAGUCUCUAAUCCAGGCAGCAGGUCAAGAGGGAAAAGGAUGACCAUUCAUGAGAAACUUGCCAUAGAGUUCCAUGAACGUAAAUUACAAUAUUUAAAAGAAGAACAUGAAGUCAAAAUGAAAAUUCUUCAUCUUGAUUUGUCUAUGAAAGAGAGAGACAUGAAGCAGCAGCAGUGUCAACUGUCUUUGGAACAAAAUCUCAGUUAAAUAAAUAAUUUCCUGAAUUUUUUUUUACCUGUCUAUGCCAAUCAUUUAUGUAUCACUCAAGGCUCAUUUAUGAGAAGUGCUGCAAAGCAAAAGCAUCUCUGUAAGCAAGUCCAUUUCUGUCAUUGGCUAGCUCAGCGAUAGGGACAUGUUGGUCAUCAUCAUCUUCAAUAUCAGGGUCUGGGCAGCCACACUGUUUAAGAA